AUCACUCCUCUGACGCACGACAGCAGGCGUUUUUUGGACGCGUGGAAAAGAAAGCGAGGUAGCUUACGGGGGGCAAAUGAAACUAAAUAAAAGCAGCCCAGCAAUUCCAUCUAUAUGUCUGCUGCUUAUUGCUCCAACCGUAACGACGCAGUCCUGAGGAGAAUAUUCUCACCCGGCUGCGCAGUCGUCGAGCGCGCUCACCCGGGAGGCGACUGAGGAGGACAAGGAGGAGGAGGGAGGAAGAAGAAAAAGCAGGACGGGCUGGGGUCGAGGACUUGCAUUUUAAGCACAAACAGGAGAGUGAGAAGAAGAAGGGGGAGAGUGUCAGAGUCACCGGAGAGCGAAGGAGAGAUUUCACAUUCCUUUCACGUCCUCGGCUCUCCUCUUCCUCCUCUCCUUUAGCUCAGCCACGGGGAGAGGGUGAUGAGAUAGAGAGCGGGAGAUGGGGAAAGAAGAGAGACAAAACUAACAGCGACAAAGUAUUGCUCUUGUUUUAUUAUUGUAAUUAUUUCGCCCGAUGCUUCCUGCCCGUUGCACAAACCUAAGCCCGGCAUCGGAUAGUGAGCAGGAGGCUGCGGGCCACAUCAGAACACGUCGCAGGAGAAUGAAGAAGUGGGAAACCCUCUAAACGCACACCGUGAAGUGGCUCGCUUCCUGGAGCCCAGACUUCACCCACCUGGUGUCAGUGAGGAUGCUGUGGGUUACCUUGCUGAGCUCCAUAGCCUUGGGAUGGACCACCCCGAUCCCAUUACUAGAGGACUCGGAGGAGAUCGAUGAGCCGUGCUUCGAGCCAUGCUACUGCGAGGUCAAAGAGGGCAUCUUCCACGUGCACUGUGACAGUAAAGGAUUUACAAAUGUGAGCCAGAUUGCUCAGAUAUGGAGCAGGCCGUUCAAACUCAAUCUGCAGAGGAAUUCCAUGAGGAAGCUCUACUUUAACAGCUUUCUGCAUCUCAACAAUGCCAUAUCUAUCAAUCUCGGUAAUAACGCCUUGCAAGAUAUCCAUGCUGGAGCAUUCAACGGCUUAGGAAUACUCAAACGGCUUUUCUUACAUGAGAACAAACUAGAGAUUUUCCGGAAUGACACAUUUCUUGGACUGGAGAGUUUAGAAUAUCUCCAGGCAGACUACAAUGUGAUCAAAAGAAUUGAAAGUGGUGCAUUCAGGCACCUACACAAAUUGAGAGUGCUCAUAUUAAAUGACAAUCUGAUUCCUUUACUCCCCAAUUAUCUCUUUCGGUCUGUUUCACUCACACAUUUGGACCUUAGAGGGAACAGACUAAAAACGUUGCCCUACAAGGGAACGCUGGAGUACGUUGGGCGGAGUUUGAUGGAAAUCCAGCUGCAAGAAAACCCAUGGAACUGUGUGUGUGAGAUCGUCCAACUCAAGACUUGGCUAGAGAGGAUUCCUUAUACUGCAUUGGUCGGAGAAAUCACAUGUGAGUACCCAUUCCAUCUGCAUGGUAAAGACUUACGGGAUAUCAAGCGCAGUGAACUUUGUCCUUUGAUGUCCGAUUCUGAAAUUGAUGCCAAGCUGGGGAUUCCCCGCAUCCCAUUCAACAAUGAGAACACGUGGCCUACCAGACCUUCCUCUAUGCUCUCUUCUUUUCACAACACAGCGUCUUCUGCAAUAAAGCCCACCAAACGACCUCGGCCCACAAAGAACCCCCCAACCCCUCGUAGUGUCUACCCAGGCAUCAACCAGCCCCCUAUUGCCGGCUAUCAGACAAGACCUCCAAUCCCAAUAAUUUGUCCAACAGGAUGUGUUUGUAACCUUCACAUCAAUGACUUGGGCCUGACAGUUAACUGUAAAGAGAAAGCCUUUCACAAUAUCUCUGAUCUUUUGCCAAGGCCUCUCAAUGCCAAGAAAUUAUAUCUCAGCGGGAACCUAAUACAGAAAAUCUACCGUUCUGAUUUCUGGAACUUUUCAAGUUUGGAUUUACUGCACUUAGGCAACAACCGGAUAUCAUACGUGCAGGAGGGCGCUUUCAUUAACCUGCCAAACUUAAAAAGCUUAUAUCUGAAUGGCAAUGACAUUGAGAGACUCACCCCUGGGAUGUUUCGAGGUCUUCAGAUGUUGAGUUAUCUCUACUUUGAGUAUAAUGUUAUACGUGAGAUACAGCCUAACUCCUUCUCCCUAAUGCCUAAUCUGCAACUGGUUUUCCUCAAUGACAAUUUACUGCGCUCCCUCCCUGAUAAUGUUUUUGCUGGCACAAAUCUCGCUCGCCUCAACCUCCGCAACAAUUACUUCCUUGCCCUUCCUGUGCAUGGUGUACUGGAGCAUCUGCCCUCUAUUGUCCAGAUUGAUCUUCAUCAGAACCCUUGGGAGUGCUCCUGUGAUACCGUCCCUCUGAAACAAUGGCUGGAAAAGCUCUCAUCUGGCAUUUUGGUUGGAGAUGUCAUCUGCAAGACACCAGAAUUUGCCUUUGGGAGGGAUUUGCGUUCAUUUGAAGUCGAAGUCCUUUGUCCAGAACGAAAGUAUUCCUCAGGCCCUUUGCCGGCUCAGCCUGGUGGAGAUGACCUCACCACAGGAAGUACUGGUAUGGGGGAGGCAGGAAGAAGGGACACAGUUCCGCUCUCUGUCCUCAUCCUCAGCCUCCUCAUUCUCUUCAUCUCAGCUGUGUUCGUAGCAGCCGGGCUGUUCGCUUUUGUUCUUCGCCGGAGGAAGAAACUGCCCUUCAGGAAGCGCUCAGAGGUGGAUCUGACAGGGAUUCAGAUGCAGUGCAGGAUUUUUGAGGAUGCACCUAGGCAGAGUAGUGCCGGGAAUACAAGCACACUAGAGAAGCCAACCUCCAGCUUGCAUACACACACUCAUCCCAGUCACACACAUUCCCAUGGCCAUGUUUAUGAUUACAUCCCCCACCCUGUGACUCAGAUGUGUAACAACCCCAUAUAUAAGCCCCGGGAGGGGGAGAUCGCAGCAACAUCAGAUGAAAACAGAGGGCAGUUUCCAGCCAAGAAGGACAAUGGCAGCAGUAGUAGCAGCAGCAACUACAGAACCUUGUUAGAGAAAGAAAGAGAGUGGAGCCUGGCUGUCUCCAACUCUCAACUCAACACCAUUGUCGCCGUCAACCACACUACAGCCGACUUUGCAGGGCUUCAUGAAAACGGUGGGAUCUGCCCUACAGUCAUUGACAGUCAGAGACCAACACCUACCGUGGGUUUUGUAGACUGCCUUUAUGGAACAGCCCCCAAACUGAAGGACAUGCAUGUGGCACACGCACACCCACCCGGCAUGCAGUACCCAGAUUUGCAACAGGAUGCUCGGCUGAAGGAGACCUUGCUUUUCACAGCAGGGAAAGGUUGUUUCCCUGACCCGUCCCAAAGCGAUUACCUGGAGUUACGGGCCAAACUUCAAACCAAGCCGGAUUACCUCGAAGUGUUGGAAAAAUCCUAUCGGUUUUAACAUUUGUAGCUCAGAGGAGAAAGGCAAGAUAAGAUCACUUUGUUAUCCUUAAAACACAACCACCCAAAACCAUUAUUAGAAGAAAGUCAGUCGUGGCGGCAUGAUGUGAAAUAAAAAUACAUUGCAAAUCAUUACGGAAAGAGGCUGAUCUCAGAUAUUUCAAUUAAGUGCCUUUUUUCCAGAGUAGCCAGCAAUGUCAGCAUCUGUUAUUUUUAUAAUAUAAAUAUCUCUACUUGCUGAGAAGAGUACUUUAGAGGAGGAAGAGGGGCACAGGGGAAUAAAAAAAAAAAAUCACCACAAUCCUGAAAUACAAUGAAAUUCUUUGUUUAUGGAGUUCCCAUGACACACGGGAGCAGGACGUCUCCCUGAAUUGGAGUUAUUCUUUGCCUCUUCUACCCCUCACUAGGAUGUACAAAGACCCCGGAGGCCGUGCACAUUAAGGCUAUGGGAAAUCAUUGAAGAAAGGAUAAAACAAAUAUUAAUAGGAACUGCAGUUUGCUGCAUGCACUCGCUGCUGUGCAGGAAGAUGAGGAGAGGGGGUGGUGUGUUGAGUGUUGCAAUUUAUCACAUUGUGAAAUAAGAUACUGCAACGCAUUUACAGUUCAGUGUUCUAUUUAAUUUUUAUAUCUUAUGAAUAUGGUUGUUACUAUUAAUUAGGACUUCUGUCUAUAUCAGGGUGCUUCUCAUAAAGGAUGCGCCAACGACGCACGGAUGGUAAAACAUUUGUGAAUAUAAUUACCCGACAACACUCAAGGUUUUCUGGAUAUUUCCAUGCACUUUGUUAAACCCCCACUCGCUACGCAAUGGCCUCUGGAUCCAGCCCUCUCCCCUAUCAUCACCCACUAACAGCUUUGUAGGACGCACUUUUAAUGUUUUCUCUCUCACACAAAGAUUUGAAGAAUAAUGUGCAUAUAUUUAUUCUGUAAUUUCAGUGAAGACUUUAAUUGUAAAGGUAAUGUUAAAUCAAUGUAUAGUGAUUAUGCGUCUGGUAUAGCCUUCUUAAUAAUAAUAAUAAAAAAAAAAAAACUUCAAACAAAUGUCAGGAGGGUUGAUGUCACAUAAAGGUGUGUGCAGGCGUGUUGAAAACUGUGAUUAUUCACGAGUCAUAACAGAGCAAUGACAUCAAGGUGGGCUCACGAAAAAAACUUGACAGUAGUACAAAAAGAAAGCAUCAGUUAACCCCCCGGACACACACACAUACUCACCUCAACAUAUAUUUACACACACAUUAUUUAUUUCAGCUUCCAGACUGAAAAACAACCAGACAUCGUGAUACACAAGAAAAGGCAGAAGAGAUUGAUGGUGAUUGUUGUGGCAAUACCAGCUGACGCCAACAUCAGAAAGAAGGAAAACGAUGGAGCAGAUGUGGAAGGUGAAGGUUAGCGUGGUUUCCAUUGUAGUCUUGAGGCAGUCACCCUCAAACUGGGAAAGGUCCUCCAGAGGAACCCUGGAAUAAAAUCUGAAUCCAGAAAAGUAUAGUCCGAGGAACAGCUAAUAUAUUGUGACGACACUUCAGACUCCCAGGCCACUGACAGGGUACCCGACCCCUUGAGGAUGGCACAGAUGCCACCCCACCAGGAUGAGAGGGACUUUUUCUUUCUUUAUUUAUUUUUUUUAAUCACUUCAGGUUAUUGCCCACCUCCUGUCCAUAGCUAGCUGGGAUAGGCUCCUGCACCAUACAAAAUUAUACUAAAGUGUUUAUAUUUAAGGAUUGACUACUUUUUUUUUUUCAACAUGACACUGCUGGUUACUCUAUGUAUAUGCUGGGGAUACAACGCAGAGAGGUCAAAGUUAAGCAAUAGAUACAUAUAUUGAUAUAAAAAUAUGUGUGGUAAGUUGCAAACUAACAAAAUGGUCUUAGUUGUAAAAGAAAAAGUGAGAUAAUGACUCUAAAUCUUACAAUGCUCCAAAAGAAGCAGUGGUGUUUCGGUCACAGGAGGGCGACACAAACAUGAUGCAAUUCUUCGAGGUGUUUUAAUAUAGUAUGGAAUCAUGUUAAUUCAUUCAUCUCCCCAAACACUUAUCCUCACAAAGGUCAUGGGGGUACUGGAGCCUAUCCCAGCUAUCUAAGGGCCGUAGGCAAGGUACACACUCAAUCAGAUGCCAGUCUCUCGCAGGGCAUGAGGUGACGAACAACCAUCCAGACACACACUCAUUCACAUACCUAGCGACAAUUAGAGUGCUCAGUCAGCCUACCAUGAAUGUUUUUGGGGUGAGGAAGGAAACCCAUGCAUGCCCGGGGAGAACAUGUAAACACCACGCAGGAAUGCUGGAACCCAGGAUUCAACCCUUGAUCUCAGAACUUUGACAUGCUAACCACUUGACCACCGUGCUGCCAUAUAAUAAUAUGUGAUUUUUUUUAAUUUUAUUUUUUUACUUUUUUGCUAUUUUGAUUCAUAAAUUAAAAAUUCUAGAACCAGAUGGCAAAACCUGCUAAUUGGCACCUUUGUAGCGUUGUUGUUCUUUUAUAUUUGUUUUGUUUAAAUUUGAGCUGCAUUUUAUUCUGUGUUAUAUGUUUAAGUGAAGUGAUGGAAAAUAGCAGAUUAAAUUAGAGGUGAAAAUUUAGAAAAUUAUUUCACAUCUCAUGCUCUAAGAUUUAGACAGGACAGUGACUGACAUUAUUAAUAUUCUUAACAGAAAUGUGUUGUUUUGCAAUAUUAUGUGCAGUUGCAUGUGAUGCAGCAUGAUUCCCAAAUUUACUCAUUUAAGCAACUGCAACUCUUUAUAAAAUGGAACAUCGUGCAACAUACCUCAAUCAUCUUGCCGACAGUAUCUUGUUGAUACACUUCAUAUUAAUCAUCAGAAUUUCAACAACAGAACAACUUUUCUACUCUGAAUGUGAUCUUUUACAGGGACACAACCAAACCCCUGCAGCCUUUCCUUUCCAUGACGAUCAGUCAGCAAUUUCCCUCUGCACUCACGUUGAUUAAAACCAUCAUGCAUCAGUUAACCGCAACCUUCACCAUCACCUUCCCAUGAAUACAUAAAUAAAUACAAUUUGAGGAUCAGUGGGUGUGAAGAAGUUGCCAGUUUCUCUUAUUUUGGCAACUUCUAUCCUCCAUCACAGGACCCCAAUACGCCUUUCACUAUUUAAUUCACUCUCUGCUCUUUAAGACCACUGCACCAUGCUGUGUGAUUUUAUCCAAAUAAAUCCUCUUGUUAUCUUACACAACUGGGGUUCAGACAAUGCCGGAACCCUAGAUUAUGACAGCCGUUUAAAACUUCUCGACAACUUCUGUAGUGUGAAAUGUAAAAAUACAUUUUACUUGUUUUGAAUUGUCGCUUGAGUUGUCCAAGAUGUUUCAAUUUAGUCGGGAAGUUUGUCAUCUCACAUUUCUCGUGGGGCUGUUGUUUUGACAAGACCAAAUUAGUAAAUUUAGAAAGUGUUUGUGGAACUCUAUGUGUGUUAACUUUGUUUCUAGAGGUAUUUUGUCUUUGUCCUAAAACCGAUGCUCAUGUCGUCAACUUUGUUUUUCCUGUCCAUACUAGUGAAGACUUGUGAUUGAUUGUGGUUUUUCCCCUGUGCCGAAUGGCUUGCGUUUUGUUCCCUAAGUAGACAGUUUGUUUUGGGACGGCGGUGCACAUUCAGAUUUCAAACAAUAAUAAUUAUUGAAACUAAAUAGAGUAGUAUACUGGUAUAUGCAAGAGUCGCACUUUGAUGCACCUUGCUAUGUUGAGUUCCACAUUUGAAAUGCUGUGUGGGCAUUUUGAUACGAUGAUCUUUACAGCCAUUUUUCUAUUCUGGAAUAUUCUUUUUUGGAAAAAAAAAGCAUGCACGUAGCAUAGCUUGAUAAAAUAUCUGUGAUAGUGUUUAAAACUAGAUUAUUAAGUAAGAGAUUACUUGUAUAAGGGAACAAUAUAGAGGUGUGCUCAUUAAUUUUUUCCUUAUUUUAUUUUACAUAAAAAAGAAAAACAAUAAAAUAAAACUCUGAUGCUGUUUUAAACAAAAGCUGCAGUGCAAGAGUGAGUGAGUGAGUAAGUAAGUGAGUUGUUUGUUUCUUCUUUGUUAGCGUUGUCUGAUGCAUAUUUGUCUGUCAUGAUUGAAUUCCAUAGAAGGAAAACCAUGGUAUACUGUGCUGUAGAUUUGAGUGGUUCUGUCUACCACCACUGCUGAUCUUUUUUUUUUUUUUUUUUUUGGCAUGUAAAAUGCAGGUCAAAAAAUUUGAAUCCACUUUUGUUUAAAAUUGAUGAAAUUGUAUGCGCUUAUAACAGUAUGAAUUCAUGCUGUUCUUAACCAGAGCAAUCUAGAAUUGCACUUACUCAUUUGUGGUACAGCCAGGGUACAUGUAUUAUCACAGAUAAUUGCUAGAUGUACAGUACAGCAUUCACACAGUCAUCUACAGCAAAAUGAAUGCCUACUGCAAUUAAAAGGUUGAAUAUAUAUGUCAAAAACGGGUUCAGGUUGAGAAAUAGAUUGAUGGGAAGGAGAACAAAAGCAGUUUCGAAUGAUAGAACACAGAGUUCUUCAGGAGAUAAUUGCAAUGGAUGUACCACUCGGAGAAAAUGGCGAUUUUCUGCUCUUUUGUCAAUGAUAAUAGCUGUACUCAUCCAUUUAAGUUAAACGAGUGUUUAAAAGAACAAAAAAAAAAAAAAAAAAAGUUAAUGUCAGAAGGGCCAUAAGAAAAUGCUGUAACCACUUUUUUGCCCCCUAAAUUGCAUUUCAUUGCAUGUGUGUUUGUUUGUGAGAUAUGUGAUCUGCUGUUGGGGAAAUGGGGAGUUAUCUCCAGUUUGCUGAAGGAGCCAAUAAGUCUGACCGUAAUGCUGAAGUUGCAGUUUAGUGCAGGUGGUGCAUACAAAUAUGCCAAAUCCCCUCUGUGUGUGUGUGGAUCU